GCCAUUCAUAUGGAACAACGGAAGAGAAUUCCUACACUUCGGAAGGUAUCCCGCAGCAUAACAGCAGGCAUCAUUGAUAGUGCCGCAUGCCGACAAAACAUCCUGCCUCAGUCUCCCGACUCGAUUCGAUCGGUACGGUUCGAUCCGAAGGUUUUUGUUUCUCUGCUGGCGGAAUUCAGUCUAACCUGGCGCUCCCCCGCAAACAACAGAGCCAAUAUUCGACCAGAGCAGAGAGCAGGGCCUUCAAGGUACGGCGCGUGGUCACAUCCGCAUCGAUUCGCGUACAGAUUGUGCCGCAUUUGGACUGCCCGCAGUCGCUACAGCCGUGUACAGCCCGAAGUGAACACCCUUGGAGUUUUCUAACUUGCAUAAGAUAGCCGCUGCGGUAAGGUGAAAAUUCGAGGAAAAUUUCGAUCCAAAGAAGGAUCCGCAAGGGAGUGGACAAGAGAAAGAGAACCUGUGCAGCGCAAAGUGUUACUUUCUAUGCUCUGAAAGAACCCAUCGUCAAGUGUCUGUCGCUCUGCUUGUUUGACAUUGUAUGGCAGGUAUUUAUCUGUGUGAACCAUCAUCAUCAGCCGACCGAACCGACUGAAAAACGGGUGGUAUUCUCUCGUUUCUUCGAUGUGCUAAACAGACACCAGUUGUCUUGUCGGGUUGUAAAUAUAGAGCGCCGUGUACGUAGUGUUAGUGGUAAACAAAUGAUCCGUUUAGUGGCGAUCGAAGGCCUUCAUUAGAAAUUUGUCGUUGGCAUUUUUCCGACGCUGCCGCUCUGGUUCGAAAAAACGCGUCCACAGUACAAACAACAACCCGCUGAUUAUGAACUCACCUUGAUGCCGCUGCCAAAAGAAAUAAAACAAAAGCUACAACCAAAACCAAGGUAGUCAACACACAACCAGCAAACGUUGCAGGCCAAAAGUUACCGAAGUACGAAGCCACUACUAACAAACCGUCAGCAUCGAUUCGCACCGAAACCAUAUCAAAUUGUUCGGAAAUUCCCAGCACCCAUCGCAGUUCCGUAAGCAACAGCUAUGGAGCGUAAAUUACUGUACGCCUUCAGGGGCUGGAUCGCAUUUGUGGCCUUUAUGGAUCUUGGAACGGCAGUCCGCUGCUACAUUGAGCGACGAAGCUUUCUAGGUGAUCACUCCGAGACGCAGUUUAUCGAAGGAGAUUACACAAUUUCUCGGAUACUGGGAAUUUAUUGCAUUCUGAAGGCAGUAGCACUGGUCCACUGCACUCUGUAUAUACACUACAAACCAGUCGUCAGCAUGGGAGGCUGUUCCCUGGCUAUCACCAUGAUGCUCUACGUUACAGAGGCCUUGUAUUUCCGGUCGACGAAUCUCAACUUUUACGUUUUGUUCCCGUGUAUCCUCAACUCGAUGACACUGGUCGGUUUACUGUACAUUCCCCGGAGGCUCCGCCUCUGGGAGCACCGAUUGUCGGACAACGACGAUGAAAACUCCCAGCUGCUUAGGCACAUGGGUGGCUUCAAGAAGCGUUCGCGUGCCCACAAAAAUAAAACGCCCUGAACCGUCUGGCCGGUGUAAGUAUAUACAGUUUAAAACCGAACGAAUAGCUUGAACCAAAUAUCAUGAUUUUCGUAAAAAAAAAUUCUUACGACUUAGUGAAAAAUGACACCACUUCAUGUUAAGGUAUAAAACAAAAAAACGCUGAAUGAUUAAAAACCAAAAAACUCAAUGUGAAAAUCCAAAGCUUUAAAAACCAUUUAUAUAGUGAGAAGAACACAGAACAAGACGCGGAAAGCGAAAAUUUAUAAUAACAUUAAAACAAAUAAUUGAUCGAUUAAAUUAACACUAGUGUAGGGUAGUUUCAUAUGGUUGGUAACCGAAACGAAAUCGAUAAUAGAGAGCUAGCAAAAUAAAACGCCAAAAGCAGCGCAGUAGCGAAUAGAGUAAAAUCACGAGCUCACGCACAAAAUAAAAGCUGAACAGAUGUUCAAAGCAAUUCAUUUUAGCAUUUAGCAUGAUAUAAUGCAUUCCAACUGCAUUGGCACGCGCAUCGAGGUAAAUCGAGCGUAGCAAAUUAUAAUUUACGCACCAGGAAAAGAAUUUAUGGAAAUGAUUAUUUUGUUUGGAUAAUUAUUUUCGAAAAAAAAAAACAACUGUGGUCAAAUAAUUGAUGAUAAAACAAAGUUACGCUGAUUUACGUUACUUUUAAUUAUUCUGCUCAAACUAAUUUGAUUGUUGGCUACAAACCCAAACGAAUAGAUUCAAUUUUAAAUAGAAUAUAUAAAGUCCGCAGAUCCCGGAGAGCAUAACGUUGAUAACAUAACUAAACUUUAGAUCUUUUCAAAUCCAGCUGAAAUUAAAGCGAUAUAUUCAAUUUUUUACAAUCGACCCAACUUUAAGUAGAAUAUAGUAACAACAGUAUGAAAAACAUAGAUAAGAAUAAGACGCUUCAUUUUGAACAAAUAAUAACGGAUAGGCGAUAAACUUUAGAAGCAAUCGUUACGGCUAAUAAGAGAUGUUUGAAUUCUAUAGAGCUCCUAAAGUGGAGCACAGUUUGCAGGAGUUACUUCGUUUACGGCAUUACACCUAGAGCGUAACCCUUAGGGACAAACACUGAAGAAAAAACUAGCCAAAUAUUGAACCAUUUGAGACGGAAAGAAUCCUACCGGUUUUCUCGAGAGCUAAGUCCCUAGACAAACGGGAACAAUUUUAGUUAACAAAAACGUAGUUCGUUAGCCCCGUUGCUCAAGUAUAGAUUUCGUUUGAGGGUUUCAUUAUUUUAGUCGUUGUAUGAUGAUUUUUUCAAGCUGUUGGAUGGCAUUUUUUUUAAAACUAGAGGAGUCAUUAUCAAAUAGGAAGAACAGCUCAAUAAAGUUGAGUUGAUAAGAGAUUUUGGAACAAACCUUCGCCUACGGAAAUCUCGAUAA